CCUAUAUAUGGGGGAAGACUCUCAAAAGCGACGAAGCAGUUCCAAUACAGAGAGAUUAGAAAACCUAGGCAAGUAGACGAAGCAGUCCCUAGAAGAACGAUUGAAACGAUUGAAAUCAUGUCAACAUUCGGACAAUUCCUGUAUUACGGAAGAAGAAAGAUGAAAAAAGAACUCAUGAAGAAGAAGAAGAAGAACCUCUCGGCCUCAAAGAAGGAGGUCGAAAAAACUGUCUAUCUUCGUACACCCCAUCUAGUUCAUUUUACGGAAGAGGAGACUGUGUGGUACCAAAUUAAUUUAUCAUGCAAGGACGAAGAUUACGACAGCGACAACAACUUCGACCCCGACCGAAAAGGGAGAAGGAAGAAGGGACAAGGAAAGCCGCCGACGCCAAUCGAUCCGAUCUCGAAGACGUCGAUGCCGUGGUCGAAUUGCCACUGUGUCGCUCUGGACUCCACUAUAUACGCCAUUAAUGAGGGUUCUCGUAUCUGCUCCACGGACGCUGGCAAUCUCUGGACGGCGGGAAGGCACUGGAAGCUACUUACUACGAUUCACCCUGCUAAGAUUCACUCUGUAAGAAGCAUGUUCGCUAAGGUGGUGGCUCUCGACGGUAAAAUUUAUAUCUUUAGUGCACCACCCUUUGAUCCUAAUUCUUAUAGUAAGUACCCACCUGAUUUCAUGGUGGCUGAGGUUUUCGAUCCGAUCAAUAACAUAUUUGCGGAGAAAAUUCCAGACCCCCCAGUUCAAUUUGCUGCUCAUGAUGGAGUCUUUGCAGUUGCUGAUCCUUCUCAUCAAAGGAUCCUAUUGGGUUCUUUCUGUAAAGGGGUCCUCCUUGCCUAUUACGUGAGAAAUUGUUCUUGGGAGAUACUAGACCCUCAAUUUUAUACUUGCCGUGUUGGCACCUGGAGCCGCCCUGUAUUGUUUGACAAUACAUUGUACUUGAUUUGGCUUGGUGCUGGUGGGGGAUCCGGAGGCAUAUUUGCAUACGAUUUGGAUCGAAAAAUAUCAAAUGUUGGACCUAUCAUAUAUCUACCCGAGUCGUUCUAUUUGAACCACCAUUUUACCCCACUUUUCUUUCAUUUCGGUGGUGAUCAAUUCUACUUGCUCUGGACUGACAUAGUUGGGGAUAACCGACACAGUCCGCUGUGUGUUGUUCGAUGCUUUAGACUAAGAGUGCCCAAGGACACGAUAACAGCCGACAAGGAGCUGAUUGCUUAUACUCUCUCUGAAAAGACUUAUCUACUAGACAGAGUAGAACCCAGCAUGGAUGGCGUAGUGCUGGAUGGAAGAAUGACGAGUGACAAAGGAGUAGAUAGAGCUUCAUAUGACGUUAGUAGGUGCACAUUAGAAGAUGGUCCAUGUUCAAUAGAGAAAGAAGAAGAUAGUACACCUGCAGUUCCAUAAGGAAAUUAGAAUCACCUCUUUCUUGCUCUCCACCAAAACAUCACCUCUUUCUUCAUCCACCUUCAACAUCCUCUCAAAAACCCUAACCAGUGCUUGUUGCGCCAGCGAACCGUUGUGCUCGCCAUUCCAAUUCUAGCUUGAAUUUGCCGAUUCUCCACCAUUGGCAUCAAAAUUAUCGGUGCUCUACCUUCCAUCAACGCUACAAGAAAACUCUCAAGGGCAUAAUGUUUUCCUCUUGCAACCAGCGUAACACAAAACCACUACAUCAAAAAACAUAUCAAGAAGAAAGGUCGAGACCUUAAUCUGGGUUCACGAACUUGUUCUUGGUUCUCGGACCUAUGAUUUUCAAUCGAGUGAAGCCUCAUCUAAUUCCAAAGAAAAACGCGUGAAACCAACAUACCGUCAAGGUUAUAUCAACAGUGCCUGUUGGCGACGGCAACCCCUCGUCCUCGCCGUUCCAAUUCGAGCUUGAAUUCGCUGAUUCUCCACCGUUGGCAUCAAAAUUAUCGGUGUUCUGCCUUCCAUCAACACUGGAACUACUUUCUUUCUUGGUUGAAUUGGUGUCGAUUACAAUGACCUGCUCUCGAUGAUGCGGAUCCUUGUGUCGAUCUCUUCGCGGACCUGGCGGAUGAUUGAGCCUCCCUUGCCGAUGACACUGCUAGUAUGAGUCCCAGGCAGAGGAUGCGGAAGAGGUUAAGAGGAGGCUGUAAUUAGAUUAUAGUCACUAUAAUUACUAGAAUAUUAUAGUAUAUUCUAUGACUAUGUGAUCACUUUCAAUCCGAGAAGGCUUCCUUUUUUUUGGACUGCAAUGUGAGCUGGAUUUUGGGAUAGUGAAGAAAGGAUUCCAUGGCUGGUUAAACAGAUGCUCAGUGAAGGUUUUAUGUACCCGAGUCUAUACCAUGCAGAUUUUAGAGUGAGAUUUCUCAACGUAAUGAUGCCUUGAAUGUAAAAGCUCUUUGGCCUAAGCAACCUUCGUUAAUCAGAGAGGGCUUUGUUUAUGUUGUAAUGUUGUCUACGGUUUAGAGGCUAUGAAAGAAAGGAUGUGAAAGCUCAAAAAUUAUUUCAUGCAAGGUGGCAUUUAACACAUUGACUUGUGUUCUUCC